UACAUUAAUAAUACUACCAGUAAUUUUUGGAAGCGGUAAGGGGAAAAAAACACAAGACGGCGCUCAUAGUUUUUGUCGGAGAAACAUUGGAACGAGGUUGGUUGUGUGCGAGAGGAGGAUCGUGUGAUUCGUAGGGAGUAGAAUGUCUUGCGCCACCUUCAAUGUUGCAGUUUCUUUGAAUCUUCAUGGAUGGAAUAAGAAUGCAGUUUCUAAGUCACUUGGUUUCGGACACCACACAACUUUCCAAAAGUUUUCUUCUCUCUUUUUCGAGACCUUGGGUUUGAGCUCCACUAAUCGUAGUUUUGUCCAGCAUGCACCCUCACGUUCAUUCCAUAGUGUUUUCAAAUGUGCUGCUCAGAAUUCCCAACCAUCGCCUUCAAUUGGCAUUGGCACAGAGAACAAUUCUCAAAGAGUGACUGUUCUGGUUAUUGGUGGAGGAGGACGUGAACACGCACUUUGCUAUGCCUUGCAACGAUCACCAUCCUGUGAUACAGUACUUUGUGCCCCAGGCAAUGCUGGGAUUGCUAGCUCAGGAAAUGCUACUUGCAUCUCAGACCUUGAUAUUUCUGAUGGAGCAUCAGUGAUCUCAUUUUGCCAGAAAAGGGGAGUGGGACUUGUUGUUGUGGGACCUGAGGCUCCACUUGUUGCAGGUCUUACAAAUAAGUUAGUUAAAGUCGGAAUCCCAACUUUUGGUCCAUCUGCUGAGGCUGCAGCUUUGGAAGGUUCUAAGAAUUUCAUGAAGAAUUUGUGUGACAAGUACGAUAUUCCAACUGCCAAGUAUAAAACAUUUACCGAUCCUUCUGCUGCAAAGCAAUAUAUUCAAGAACAAGGAGCACCGAUUGUUAUUAAAGCAGAUGGACUGGCUGCUGGAAAAGGAGUUACUGUUGCCAUGACAUUGGAAGAGGCAUAUGAAGCUGUUGAUUCAAUGCUGGUGCAGGGUGAUUUUGGUUCUGCAGGUUGUCGUGUCAUUGUUGAAGAAUUUCUAGAAGGAGAGGAAGCAUCUUUUUUUGCAUUGGUUGAUGGAGAAAAUGCAAUUCCACUAGAGUCUGCUCAGGAUCAUAAGCGAGUUGGUGAUGGUGACACAGGGCCAAAUACUGGUGGUAUGGGUGCAUAUUCCCCAGCUCCUAUAUUAACCAAGGAACUUCAAUCUAUUGUAAUGGACUCUAUUAUCAUCCCAACAGUAAAAGGAAUGUCGGCGGAAGGUUCCAAGUUUGUUGGGGUUUUGUAUGCUGGGCUUAUGAUUGAGAAGAAGUCUGGCAUGCCUAAGUUAAUUGAGUAUAAUGUGAGAUUUGGUGAUCCAGAGUGCCAGGUCUUAAUGGUUCGGUUGGAGUCUGAUUUGGUACAAGUUCUGCUUGCAGCAUGCAGAGGAGAGUUGAAUGGGGUAUCACUGAAGUGGUCUCCUGGGUCUGCCAUGGUUGUGGUAAUGGCAAGUAAGGGAUAUCCUGGAUCAUACCAGAAGGGAACAGUGAUUGAAAACCUUGAAGAAGCUGAGGCUGUUGCUCCAGGUAUCAAGAUAUUUCAUGCAGGAACCGCAUUUGACUCUGAAGGAAGGUUUAUUGCAACUGGGGGACGUGUUCUUGGGGUCACUGCCAAGGGUAAUGAUCUUGAAGAGGCAUGUGAUCGAGCUUAUCGAGCUGUUGAGAAUGUUAAUUGGCCUGGAGGCUUCUACCGUCGGGAUAUUGGCUGGAGAGCCCUACCUCAGAAACAACAUUCUAGAAAAGAAUAAAUUACUGAGACUGAGAACAUUAGACAUUGGCCAACGCCCAAUACUGCUAAAUCGGUUUACAAGCAUUAUGUAAGAGGGCUCUCUACAGUAGAUGAAUCUUGUCACUUUUACUUUUCAGGUGUAACAACAUCAUUAGCCAUGGUGGGGAACCUCGUGAGAAACUAUUCCUCCGCCCCCAUCUCUUAAAAUUGGUUUCAAUAAAAGAAGUUAACUUACAUACUAAAA